CGGUGAGAUCUUUGUCUCGCUCGUAAAUCGCGAGACCUCUCUCGGUCGAUUUCGCGCGAGGCAAUAAAAAUAACGCGCCACAAAUCCGUGUUGCCGCGCGCCGCUAAUGAGGCACAGAGCUGCGGUCGAGUCCGCGUAAUGUGCUCAGCGCGAAAAUGCCGUUUGCGACCCGCGGCAAGCACGCGUUUUCCCUCGCGGCCGGUUCGCGGGAUAUACCGCGCCCGAGCCGCGCGGGACCGCGGGAUCGAUGGAAAUCGCGUUCGGCCGGGGCGACGCGUUGCUCCGGAUCGCUCUCGACGCCACGCUCAUUGGCAUUCGGACGAGUUCGCGUGCGUGACUUCCGUCGCGCCAGAAGCCGAGCGCACGGUGGGCGGCGGUACCGCGCGCCAUUGCCGCGUCGACCGCCAGCCAGCCAGGACCCGCAUAGCGUGGAGGAUCGCGAGAAGGAUCGCGAGACGAGGCGGACUCGCGCGCGCGCACCGAGUGCAAGGCUGCAGCGAGCUCGCGGAAGUGUCCCCGGCAUGUGCGCGGCAGUGACCAAGGCCGUAAUUGGCCUCGUCGGCCCCUACAGAGUCGAGGACCCGCGCGACGAGCGGCCUCGAUCGCGGGACCAGCAGUCCACCGAGAGGCCGGACGGCGCGCCAAGUGGCAUCGAGGCGGCUGCCGACGAGCGCUCCAGCUGGAUGGUGAUGGGUGCCAACGGGUUCGACGACAGUCCGCCGGGCGGCGUGCGGCAGCUGGCGAACGGCGAGGAGGACGCGGCCUGGCAGUUUCGGAGCGGCGGCAAGCUGCUGGCGGUGCGCCUGGGUAGCGAGGAGAGAGCGGUCGACGUCGCGAAUAAUGCAUCGAGCACCGUCGCCGACGCUGGUAACGAUCAGCAGCAGCAGCAGCAGCAGCACGACAAGGACAGCCUGAACGAGACCGGAAGCACGGCGGGUGGAACGGCGGACGCGGGCCCCGGCGGCGGCGAACUCGCCGGCAACGGCAACGCCGAGUCGCCGGGGCGCGACGCCAGCCCGCGUCGCUCGCACUCCCCGUCGCCCAAAUCGCUCGUCUCCAGGAUAUUGGCGAGAUCGAGGACGCCCGACGACCUGCUGGACCACUCGGAGCCAUUCUCUCAAUUGUGGGUGGUCCUGUCCAACGUCUACGGCGAGCUGCUGAUCGUGCUGACGAUGGCGCUGUGCCUGGCAGAGGUCAUGGACACUCCUGUGCCGCUGCUCAGUCUGCAGGGCGUAUUCCUGAUCUACAUGUACGUGGGCAGCAUAGCCGUGAUCAUCGCCAUCUACAUCUGGGUGCUGAUCGACAGCUGCGGCAGCAUGCGCUCCGCGCCGACGGCCGGCUUCCACGACGCCGAGCUCGGCGGCGCCUCGCUCACGAGGUUCGGCUCCCUCAAACUCGCUCACAUAUCCCGAUCGAGGACCACGCCGACGAGCUUCUACAUCCGGAUCGGCGCUCUGCUGUUCGGCCUGGCGACGCUGGUGUUCAACGGCCUGGAGAUGGCGAUGCACUCGAUGGCGCAGGCCGCCGAGUGCUUCGGCGACAUCGUCUUCGUGCACCCGGCGCUGCACGGACUCUUCACCUUCCUGCAGAUGCACUUCCUGUUCGUCAACUCGCAGGUGCUGGUGGAGAAGUUCGGGCCGGCGGCGAGGUUCGGCUUCACCCACCUGGCAGCGACCAACGUGGCGGUGUGGGCGCGCCUGGUGAUCUGGGACUCGGCGCAGGAGUGGACCUACCACGUGCACGUGGCCCAGCGCGGCGCGCUGCGCCAGCAGUCGCCGCUCGAGCUGCGCCGCUUCCCGGACGCCUUCACCAAGCUGGGCCGUGCGCUGCCGGGCGACGAGGAGCGCGCCUACGAGCGGCAGCCCUCGGCCUACCACCGCUACGAGCCGAUAUCCCAGGAGCAGAUCUCGCAGGUGGUCGCCCUGCAGGAGUGCCUCAACACCAACGCCCUGGGCCAGCUGUGGACCUCGAGCAUGCCCUUCCUCUACCCCUUCAUCGUGCAGUUCAGCCUGAUCGCGGCGGCGGUGGCCUUCGUGAUGGGCCGCAACGUGGGCCGCUCGGGGCGACUGCUGCGCAAGAAGCUGCACGGCGCGCGCGACGCGCCCGGCGCCCGCCUCGGCUGCGACAGCUCGAGCAAGGGCCUGUUCCUCGGGAUCCUGUGCAUGGUCGCCGGCAUCGUGGUCAUCCUCAUCUUCCUGGUGAUACGCGAGGACGAGCACUUCACCCCGGCCACGCUGUCCUGGCUGACCUGCGGCAGCCUCGCGGGCAUCCUCUCGCUGAGCAGCCUGGUGACCUGCAGCGGCCUGCUGCAGGUCCGGCGCAUGUCCGUGGUGAGCGCGGCGCCCGCGCAGCUCGACUCGCUGCUGUCCAACGUGGCGCUGUUCGGCGUGCAGCUCUACUCCGUCUUCACGAUCGUCGUGUGCGCCUGCUCGCUGCACAGCCUCGAGGUGCGUGUCGGGCCCGAGCCGCCGCGCCAGCGCGCACUGACCGCCGCCUACUUUGCGGGCCCGCAGGACGCCGACGGCCGCGCCGACGGCGGCGGCGAGAGCCUCGCCGACCUGCGGGCCAGGCACACGAUGCUGCUGGCCGUCUCGGUGCUGCAGCUCUUCCAGUGCUUCGCCCAGAGCACCCUGAUCGCCGAGGCCGCCAAGCGCUGCUGCAUCACGCGCUCCCAGAUGACGGCCAAGCCGGCGCGCCAGAUCAUCACGUAUCUGCUGUUCAGCAACGCCGUGCUCUGGGCCUUCGACACGGUCAUCACGCAGACCUGGAUAUCGCAGGAGCUGCAGCUCAACUUCUUCGGCAUACUCGCCUGGGGCGUCAUCUCGAGGAUCGGCCUGCCCCUGCUCAUCUUCUACCGAUUUCACAGCUGCGUCAUGCUGCUCGAGGCCUGGAACAAGUGCUACAGGACGCUCAACGCCGAGCACCCGUUCAACUGACGAUACACCGCGUGCGAGCGGCUCGUCUGCAAGCUCGAGCAGAGGGCCCGGAGCAACGAGGACGCGCCGAGGCAGCGCUACCGGUGCCACCAGCUGCGAGAGCUCGACGCGCACCGGCGCGCACGACGACCGUCGGCCUGCCCCGAAGGCCCGCGGCUGCGCGCCCGCGUU